UUACCCGGCGCCAAGCAAGAAGUUGGUGUGUGCACGACAAGCUCUUUAGCAUAACCUUCAGAACUAUGGGUCUUCGUGGCAGUAUCCAGUCUCGACAUGGAUUAUUACGACGAUUUGGACGAAUCAGACACGGAACUCCAGUACCGGCAUGGGAUUUCGCUCGCUGAAGAGGCCCUGCGGGUGUUUCCUGAGAUCCUCGCCGCCUCUGUCUCCUUACAACGACAAAUCACCACUGCGGCCGAAAUAUCCCCUGAGCUUCUUAAGAAAAUUGCUCUGAUUAUUGAUACCAAUUUAGCUGCAUUUUACGUGGCUCGCGAUGGACCCCGCUGGAUGGAUCUGAAACUCGUAGAGAUGAAAGAAGCGGGCCUUGUAUACGUGUACUAUACGCCACCCACCGAUCCCGACCAAAUUGCGUGUUUCCUCUCGUUUCUCAUCACGUAUGAAUCGGGCGUCAAGGUCUUGUAUCUCUACGAAGUUCAUGUUUUGCAGCAAUUUCAGGGGAAGAGGUUGGGCGCCCGGUUGCUCGCAGGGCUCCACCAAUUGGCCACCGAUCUCCAGCAAAACGGCGGAGCCUUGUACAAUCCUGUAGGCACUGCCUUGACAGUAUUCAGUGACAACACCAAAGCUUUUGCGUGGUACAAGAAGGAAAAAUACAUCUUGUCCCCCGGCUCUCCCCAGGAUAAGAGGCUUCGCAGCGGAAAGCUCCGCAAGCCGGAGUACUAUAUCAUGGUGCGCUUAAACCAAGCAAGGUUUACAUAGCUGCUCUGGAUAUUGACGUAAAAAUAACGACUUUAUUGUAUUAAUUAUGUGUAGCACGGGAGAGUGGCACUACACGGUUUAGC